CAGUGUUCCAGUGGCACCUCAGAAAGCCAAUAGUAAGUUUGAGAUGUUUUCCCCGGUUCGAGGUGCAUAUAAAGGGCUUCCCCCGUCCAGAUGCCGGUACGAUUGACCAGGACCACAGCAAGACAAGAAGCCCUCAGAGUUCUGAACAACAUCAAACUGAACUCCUGUGUGCGUCGGGGACUAGGCUACCAACCUGUGAACCCUGAUCACCAGACUACUAGCUGAGGGUCUCUUGUCACUAAACAUUUGCUGCUUCCCGGUCUUCUCCUCACUCUCAGCUCUUCCCGUUCUCUGAACUUUGACCUCAGGCCUCUAGACUCCCCGUUUCUCUCCCCCCUAUUCUCCUCUCCUGUCUGGUCAUGGCUCCGUCCCUGGCCACAGCAUUUGCCAGGCGCUGGUGGAUGGCGGUGACAGCCAUCAUAGAAAACCUGCUGUUCUCAGCUGUCCUGCUGGGCUGGGGAUCGUUACUCAUCAUGCUCAAGUCCGAAGGCUACUACUCCUACAUGUGCAAUGGAGAAGGUAACCACACCUCCUCUUCCAACCUGUCUGUCCCCCUCCCCCCACCAGGGGGCGAUGAUGACUACAGUGAUUACUACUCUGAGGCAGAGGGUGUGGUGGGGUUAGGGGAUGGGGUAGAGAUGAGGCCCCUGGCCCCCCAGGACCACGAUGGCCCUAUGAGGAUGAACGGCUGGCUCAUCUGUAAGGACCAGGAUGAGAUGUUAAACCUGGCCUUCACCGUGGGAUCAUUCCUUCUCUCAGCCAUCACCCUGCCGCUGGGCAUCGUCAUGGACAAAUACGGACCACGCAACCUAAGACUGCUGGGCAGUGCCUGUUUCUCCUUCUCUUGUCUCCUCAUCGCCUACGGAGCAUACAACCCUGAUGAGCUGUCAAUCCUCAUCUUCAUCGCUCUGACAUUUAACGGCUUCGGAGGAAUGUGCAUGACCUUCACCUCCCUCACGCUCCCUAACAUGUUUGGCAAUCUGCGUUCUACAUUCAUUGCUCUGAUGAUCGGCUCCUACGCUUCCUCUGCUGUCACCUUCCCUGGAGUCAAGGUGAUCUAUGACCUUGGUGUGACCUUCAUCACCAUCAUGGUUGUCUGGGCAGCGUGUUCCGGCAUCGUCUUCUUCAACUGCUUCUUCAACUGGCCCCUGGAACCCUUCCCCGGCCCCGAGGACAUGGACUACAGUGUGAAGGUAAAGUUCAGUUGGCUGGGUUUUGACCAUAAGAUCACAGGAAAGCAGUUCUACCAUCAGGUGACCACAGUGGGGAAGCGUCUGAGUGUGAGCAGCAACCCGAAGGAGAAAGAGCUGGCCACUAAGGAUGGACACAAACUCUGUCUCUCAACCAUGGACCUGGAGGUCAGCAAAAAACCCAAUGAGGAAUCCCAGUCAUUCAUGCAGAGCAUCAUCAGCCCUCUCUUCAUCCUCUCUCUGGUCACCAUGUCCAUCACUCAGCUCCGUCUCAUCUUCUACAUGGGAGCCAUGAACAACAUCCUGGAGGCCCUCAGCGAUGGAGACCUCAACACUGUCAGUUUGUACUCCUCUAUCUUCGGCAUGCUGCAGCUACUAUGUCUGAUGACGACCCCUGUGAUUGGUCAGAUUAUGGACUGGAAGCUGAAGGACUGUGAAGAUGCAGAGGGGGAGGAGGAACCGUGCAGCAAGGACCAGCUCAAGGCCAAGCCCAGAGACAGACAGAUCCAGAAGGUGACCAAUGCAAUGCGAGCGUUCAUCCUGACCAACGUCCUAUUGGUGGGAUUCGGCAUCACCUGCCUAGUGCCCAACCUCCCACUGCAGAUCCUGUCAUUUGUCCUCCACACUGUUGUGAGAGGGUUCAUCCACUCUGCAACCGGAGGUCUCUACGCUGCUGUGUACCCGUCGUCUCAGUUUGGCAGUCUGACAGGGAUGCAGUCUCUGGUGUCUGCUCUGUUUGCUCUGUUCCAGCAGCCGCUCUUCAUGGCCAUGAUGGGCCCUCUGAAGGGAGACCCGCUCUGGGUGAAUGUAGGCCUGUUAGGGGUCAGUAUGCUGGGCUUCCUGCUGCCUCUGUACCUGGUGUGUUUCAGACGCACACUGCACCGCCGGAUACAGGACAGAGACCAGGACUCCAAGAUAUACCUCAAGAUCAACGGGUCCAGCAAACCUGAAGCUUUCGUCUAGAGAGGGAGGAGAUGGGAGGAGAUGGGAAUCUGCAGAGGACACACACACAGAUAUCUACACACGCCCACACACACACAUACGUACACACACACACUUUUGAAGAGACCCAUGUAAGACCUUCUCAUCUUGUCAUGAAAACAUACUACCUUGGACAGGCACUACGGACUAAAGAAGAGCAAGAACAAGAGAGAGAGAGGAAUAGGCUGUGAAAGGAAAGGGUCAUCAGCCCCCCCCCACUUCUUCUUCUCCUCUCCUCUCAUGUUCUCCUCUCAUGUUCACCUCUCAAGUUCUCUCAUGUUCUCCUCUCAUGUUCUCUCAUGUUCUCCUCUCUUCUCUUCUCUUCUCUUCUUUUCUCUUCUCUUCUCUUCUCUUCACAUAUGGUGCUCACUAACCCCCUCCCCCCCUUUCUAGCUCUAAAAUUCCUUCCUAUGCCUGGUUGUCCCACCUAGCUAUCUGCUCUGGGAGGAGUUCAGGGUUCUUAACCAUGGUGACAGACAGGGUGGGAGGUGUUCUAGAAUGAGGACCAUGGUGACAGACAGGGUGGGAGGUGUUCUACAGUUGGUAACCAUGGUGACAGACAGGGUGGGAGGUGUUCUACUGUUGGUAACCAUGGUGACAGACAAGGUGGGAGGUGUUCUAGGGUUGAGGACCAUGGUGACAGACAGGGUGGGAGGUGUUCUACAGUUGGUAACCAUGGUGACAGACAGGGUGGGAUUUGUUCUACAGUUGGUAACCAUGGCGACAGACAGGGUGGGAGGGGUUCUAGGGUUGAGGACCAUGGUGACAGACAGGGUGGGAGGUGUUCUACAGUUGGUAACCAUGGUGACAGACAGGGUGGGAGGUGUUCUACAGUUGGUAACCAUGGUGACAGACAGGGUGAGAGGUGUUCUAGGGUUGAGGACCAUGGUGACAGACAGGGUGAGAGGUGUUCUACAGUUGGUAACCAUGGUGACAGACAGGGUGGGAGGUGUUCUACAAUUGGUAACCAUGGUGACAGAAAGGGUGGGAGGUGUUCUAGGGUUGGUAACCAUGGUGACAGACAGGGUGGGAGGUGUUCUAGGGUUGGUAACCAUGGUGUCAGACAGGGCGGGAUGUGUUCUACAGUUGGUAACCAUGGUGACAGACAAUGGGGGUGUCACACCUGAACCAGGCUCCCCCGCUCUGGCGCUCGAGGGCGCUAGGCGGCCCACUAUUAUGCAUACCUGUUACCAUCAUUAUGUUCAUCUGCGCAAUAUUGGACUCACCUGGACUCCAUUACUUUGUUGAUUGCCCCUCUAUAUCUGUCUGCUCCUCAGUUUGCUCCCCGUGUCAGCAUUAUUGUUGCUAUGUUUUCCCCUGUCCAGACGCUGUCCUUGUUUGUUUCCUGUCUGUUAUCCAUUAAAUGUUCACUCCCUGUACUUGC